UGGCGAUGUGAACUGAAACUGAGGAAACAUUUUGAUUUUUUGUUCUUUAUCUUUACAAUGGGAGUGUUGUGUUAUCACUUGGCCUUACUUUUCAGUUUAGCCCUCAACAGUAUCUUUGAGGUUAACGCGGGUGAGAUUAGAGAUGUGGUAAGACAUUAUGAAACUUUACAUACGGGUGAUAUUUUUCAUGACAUUCACAAGAGAGAUGUCAACAACAAAGAAAAGAUACUUUCUUUUACAACAUUAAACAGGCAUUUUAGACUUCAUUUGACUCCUCACAGUGAGCUCUUUGCGGAAGACUUUCAUGCUUAUUCAGUCGCAGAAAAUUACCCUGAGAAAGAAUUAACUGUAGAUUUAGAAGGCUUCUACAAGGGUUAUGAUGAAGGAAUCAUUACAGCUUCUAUUGCAACAAAGGAUGACAUUUACAUUGUUGAGCCAGCAUGGCGACAUAUUGCUGGCUCUAGCCAGGAUCAGAUGAUAUCUUACAGACAUUCUGAUGUGAAAUCCAAUAUAACAAAUGCCCAAGGCCAGGAGCCUAAUGUGAAGAAAAAAUUCAGUUUUUGUGGACAUGAUUCACAUCAUUCUCCUGUGCUUUAUGCAGAUGAAGAAGAUAGCCAUGCACAGGGUACAUAUUCUAAGAGAAAAAGACGUGCUGCUCCAACAAGGAUAAGAUGUCGCCUUGCACUGGUUGCUGACUAUCGAUUCUUUACUGAAAUGGGUCGGGGAGAUACGAAGCAAACCAUCAAUUAUAUGAUUGGUGUAAUAGACAGAGUGGAUUCCAUUUUUCAAAGAACUGCAUGGUCAGAGGAAUACAAAGGAUAUGGAUUUGAAAUUCAAAAAGUGUUAGUCCACGAGACACCUACAAGAGAAACAGACCAUUAUAACAAGGACACAAGUGCCAGCAAUCCAUGGGAAAUCAAGAAACUUCUCAAUGCAUUCAGUCGGAAUGAAGAAUGGCUUCAAUACUGCCUUGCACAUCUGUUUACUUACCAAGACUUUGCUGAUGGUGUCAUUGGCCUGGCUUAUGUUGGUAAUCCUAAGAGCAAUGCUGUGGGAGGAAUCUGUACAAAAAGGUAUUUCACAAAUAAUCGAUGGUUGUACCUGAACACUGGACUAAGUAGCAGUAUUAAUUGGGGCAGAAAACUCCUUACAGAAGAGGCUGACAUUGUUACUGCUCAUGAAAUUGGACACAAUUUUGGCAGCGAACAUGACCCAGAGACAACAGAAUGUGCUCCACCAGAAUCUAAUGGAGGAAAAUUUAUCAUGUAUCCUGCCUCUGUCAGUGGACAGUGGAGAAACAACAAGCUGUUCUCUCCAUGCAGUAAGCGGAGGAUUCUAAAUGUCUUACAAUCCAAGUCGUCCUGUUUCUACGAACCAAGGGCUGAAAUCUGUGGUAAUUACAAGAAAGAAAAAGAGGAAGAAUGUGAUCCCGGUGGCAUAGGUGCACAGGAAAGCCAAUGUUGUACCGCAAACUGCAAGCUGAAGGACUCAGCUCUCUGCAGUGAUGGCUAUGACUCACCGUGCUGCAAGGACUGUUUGUACAACAAUUCCACGGGAAUUCUGUGUCGUGAAGCUGAUCCAACCACCUGUAAAGGCAGCACUUACUGUGACGGGAAGAGUGCCCAGUGCCCUGCAGCACCUAACAUGCCGGAUGGAGCUAAAUGCAUUGACAGUGGGACAUGCCGAAAUGGAGUGUGUAAACCUUUCUGUGAAGCCCUUAAUCUGAAGCCAUGUAAAUGUUCCGGUGUGGAUGAUUCCUGUAAAGUUUGCUGUCAGGGAAGCAAUGGAAUUUGUGCUCCUCAUAGAGACAACGAUACUGGUUCAACAUUGGACAUCCUUGAUGGGCGAUCCUGUCAGGGGGAGGGUCAGCAGGGCACCUGUGUCAAGGGCAAAUGUGAGAAAUUAAGUCAAGAUCUUGUAGAGAGAUUUUGGACAUUUAUAACCACCCUGGACAGUAAUACAGUCGCUCAGUUCAUGAAGGACAAUCUGGCUGGGACAGUUGUGGUGUUCUCAUUACUGAUUUGGGUUCCCGCCAGUUGUUAUGUUAAUCGAAUUGACAGGAAGCAUGACAAGAGAGAAUCGUUAGAAGCGGAAUGGAGAGACCCCAAGAACACUCAGCUUCUUCGUCAGCCGGUGCCAACAAGUAAAGGAAAAUUUGUUUACAGGCAAGACUCCAUAACGAGAUCUUCACAAGCUGACAAGCCUUUCAAAAUUAAACCGAAGAACAUUAGGACGCACAGAACCCCUCAGCUUGAAUACACCGCACAAAGAGAGACUUACAUGUAGGGGGCUUUACGAAAGAAUACUUUGUCAAUCACGAAUCCAAAUUAGUCAGACUAGAUAAUAGCAGGGAAUGGGAGACAUUGAAGGACUGUUGUGCGCUCAUUUGGAGGUUAAUUCCCAACCAGAAUUGAUCUUAGCAUGGUGGUCAGUCGUGUUGCUGUAAAACUACUGAAGUAAAUAUACACACGUGUGAACAACAGUACAUUCUGGAAAACUACCACAAUGUUCGGAAACGAAGAAGCUUCUUAGCCAAAAAAAAAUUCUAGCGCGUAUUACUGAAAGCGUUCUGAGUUUGAUGCUCUUUAUAUUUUUUGCACAACAUAAGCUUAUGUUUAGUGUGAUGUGGCAUAAGGCUAUGUUAGAAGCUGAGUAAGUUUUAACGUAGUUGCUAGAAAAACAGCAGUAUGUUUUUAAUAGCCUCUUGAAAUUUCAAACUUACAUUCCGUCACAUGAUUGUCUCAUAAAGCAAUGCCGCGUCGAACUCGAAACAGGGUAUACGUAGAUUUGUCGUUGGCUAUUUCUGUUCAGUGAGAGAUGAACAUUUUAACGGUGUUGUAAAAACGCUUUUUAACACUUUGCUUUAUAAUAAAAUUCCAACUGGAUGCUGAA